AUGAAAUUGAGCGGCGAGGCCCAGCACGGUGAAGGGAGUAAGAUCCAGAUACCUAAAACAGUUCCUCUCAGUGAAUUACCUAUCGUCUUCGGAGAUUCCAAGAUCAAGCAUCUCUUGGAACAGUUCUCGAUGAUAAAGAUGAAUGAAUCCUGGGGAACAACAGGAUGCGCUACUGUGUUUGUGGAAGUCCAAGAAGGAGUCACUGUUCUUGACAAGAUUACUAACGAGAUUGAUAACCUUAAUACCGACUAUGACUCCAGUGUUCCGGUGAUUUUCAUGAGCUCAUUGACUGCAGAUCCUCACACGAAAAAGAUUUUGGAGGAUGACAGCUCAAAUGUUGACUUUCACUCUGUCUGUCAGAUCAAGUAUCCCUCUAUUCUUGCGGAUGAAUUUGUGCCAUUUCAUAGCAAGGAUGGUUGGUAUUCUCCUGGUGAUGCGUUCACACCCCUAACAUAUCCUUGA